AUGCCCGAAACGACGCUCGAGUCCUCGCGCGCGGCGGCGCCGGCGGAGAUCCACGCCGCGAACGCGUCCUCCGCCGCCGCCUCCGACGACGCGUCGUCGUCGCCGCCGUCGCGCCCGCCUCCUCCUCCCCCCCACCCCACGCCGCGCCUUAUCCUCGCGCCGGUGGACGACACCGACGACGCGUCGCGCGCGGUGACGUGGGCGAUCGAGCACCUCCUCCGCGCGAACGGCGACGACGUCCUCCACCUCCUGCACGUCGUCCCCGCGACGCACCCGUCGCGAUACAUAGCCUACGGCGGGCCGAUGGUGUGGAUGGAAGACGCUGGGGUCUACGCCUCGUCGUCGUCGUCGCCCCCGUCGUCGCCUCCGCCGUCGUUCGCCUCCGCGCCCGUCGUCGCGCCCCGUCCUCGCUCGCAUCGCUCACCGACGACGCCGACGGCGACGCGACCCUACGACGCGGCGAUGAGCUUCCCGGGGGCUUCGUCGAGGGCGACCUACUUCGAUCAGAUCGAGCGGGACGAACGCGUGCAGAGGGCGAACGACCGACGCAACGCGGAGGCGUUCGCGCCCGCCUUGCGCGCGGCUGACGUGAAGUUCGUCGCGGACGUCACGCGCGGCGACUUGGACAGCUGGAGCGUCGGCGAGGUGAUAUGCAACCACGCGAGGGAGCUUCGCGCCGCCGCGAUCGUGAUGGCGCCGCACGGAAAGGGUCGGAUGAAGGAGUUUUUCGUCGGAAGGUGCGCCGCGCCGGGUUCGACCGGCGCGUCUUCUCUCGUCUCGAGCGAGUUGAAAAAUAAAAAAUCGCUGCCGGCGUCGACGCGACGACUCGACCGCCCGUCCGACCGCCCGACCCGACCCAUUCCAUUCCAUUCUAACCUUAUUCGUUCGUUCGCAGCGCGUGCAACCACGUCCUGCACCACGCGCGCACUGCGCUCGUCGUCGUCCGCGGCGCUCGGGACGAGGACGAGGGCGAGAAGAAGCGCGAGCGCGAGCGCGGGGGGCCCGCGGUAUCGGAGGCGCCGCCGCCGGCGCCGGCGACGCCGUCGCCCGCGGGGAAGGCGACGCGAGGAGGGGGGAGGAGCUGAGGCGAGCGAUGCGAUCCACCGAGCGCGGCGCGCGACGACGCGACGGACGACAGACGAGACGAUAGGAAGCGAACGUACGCGGUACGAGAGAGAGAGUGAUGGGUAG